UCACAGUCUUUGGUCCCAUAUUUACUGUCUUGGCACGGGAUGCGAAGUGCGAUGGAACGCUCACUUCGACCUAUAUAGAGCCGUGCAUGCGGGUCUUCUCCAACCCACCACAGCAAAGUCAAAUCCUCUCGCUUCUCGGCUCGGAAUCGCAACAGCCCCCUUGAACGGAAGCGCAUCUUGACGAGACAUCUCUGCCACGCAUAGCGACAAGGAACGAAGCCCCGAAUCCCGUACCCAGCGCACUCUGCCAAACUUCAAGACUCCCAAUGUCUACCGACAACUCCAACAAGGCCGAAACCGCCGUCGCAUACGCAGCCUUGAUCCUAGCCGACGAGGGCAUCGAAAUUAACCCGGAGAAACUCCAAGCUCUUCUGAAAGCCGCCAACAUCGAGGACGUCGAACCGAUCUGGACCACGCUCUUCGCCAAAGCGCUCCAGGGUAAGGACGUCAAGGACAUCCUUACCACCGUCUCGACCUCCACGCCGGAGGUCGGACAGCAACAGCCUCCGGUGGAGAAUGGAGAAAAGGAUGAGAAGCCCGAGGAGGACGGACCGAAGGAAGGUGAUGACGGAGACGGCGACAGCGAUAUGGAGGGUGGAAUGUUCGAUCUCUUCGGUUAAGAUCGGGUAUGAAGUGAUGGAAAGGAGGAGUGUGGGAGUUUUGAGAUCUUAAGAUAGUUUGACUAUGCAAGAAGAUCUUUCUCCCAUGUUGAGUGCUCGAGAUGUGAUGCGGAGUGCCCAUACAGAUGCGUCGUCAUGAACGGAACGGGAAUAUUAAAUCGCCAGCUCUCCAGCUCCGCAGACUCAUUCAUACGGAUCGGUGGUCCCCCUUCGCAGUCUUCUUCUCCUCCCGAAUUGGCGCCUCCUGUUCUCUCCUUCCAUUGAUGACGUACCAGGACGCGAAGGCGGCGAAAAAGCCGACGUUCGCACGAUAGGUGUAUUUUAACAGGGUAUUAAUCUUAGCCUUCGAUAUAGGGUCCAUGACGAAGCAACUUUCAGAUAAUGAGGAUGAUGGAGACUCUGUUAGUCGUGUGUAGA